AUGCUCUCCCUACCGGUCAUCACACCACGCGACUCUCACGAACUGUGGUUCGGCCCCUCAAAUGAAUACUACACCCCUACGCCCACCCAGCACCAGCAAUCCGCCCAAGCCAGCCGACAAAAUGGUCAUCACUCCUUCACCCCCCGUGCGUACCUGCCCUCCCGUCACCCUGCAAACAGCCUCGCGGCCCUCGCCGCCGAAGAGCGGGCCCUGGCGCUGCGUAAGCAGAGCAUUGCUUGCUUCGGCUACUCGUGGAUUAAGCCGGCUGGAUGUGCGAAGACGAUGCUUGGCAUGAAGGAGGAGGAAAUGGAGCGCGAGGAGGCGCUUGCGGCGGCGCGGAAUGAGAUGGCUGCUAUGGAUGCGGAUGAUGAUAUGGGCAUGACGCAGGAGGAAGAUGAGGAGGGGAUGGAACGAGAUCUUGAUGAUGAUAUUCCUGAUGCGGAUGUUACUGGUGAGGCGGAGGGGUUGAUUGAGGAAGGGGAGGAGGGGCUUGAGGAGUCGCAUGUUGUUGAUGAUGAGGAGGCGUAUCUGGAGAGGGAUCUGGAUGAUGAGAUCCCUGAGGCGCAGUAUGAGUUCGAUGAUGCAGGCUAUGAGGAGAGGGAUCUUGAUGAGGAUAUUCCCGAGGGCUCGGUUGAGUAUGGUGAUGGUGAUGGUGAUGAGGAGGGAUUGUAUGAGGAAGAGGUGGAUGAGGAUUUCGACAAUCAGCCUGACCUUGAUGCGGAUGUUCCGUCUGCGGAUGAGGUUAGAGAUCUGGACGAUGAUAUUCCAGAUGCUGCUGAGGACGGUUCUGAGCAGGAGGGUGAAUGGCAACACACUGAUACGGAGGAAGAGCUCGAUGACGACGAUGACGAUGACUCUUCGGACCAUGAAAACUCUCUGCGCCCCCGAUUCACCGAGAACUUCAGAACGAGUACCCCCAACAGUCGGGGUGGAUUGCCGCUGCCCCCGAUGCAGCAUGCGCGCGAGACCGAUGCCCAGAGACGGUUCUUGAACCGCUGGAGUGGCGGUGGUGAUGUCUUUGACUCGAGCAGUCUCAUGGAGAGUGAUGAUCUGCGGGCUUCGGUGACCAGUCAAGGUAGUCGGCGCAGUGGAUUCGGAAGACGGUUCCCUCGUCAUGUUGGAGGACCACGCGAUAGUCUGAACUGA